GCUUUUGCAUGUGGAAUGCUUAAUCUGCCUCGCAAGGAGAUCCGUAAAUUUGCAAUGAAGGAGAUGGGUACUCCUGAUGUACGCAUUGACACCAGAUUGAACAAAGCAGUCCAGGCCAAAGGGAUAAGGAAUGUUCCCUACCGCAUCCGUGUACGUUUAUCCAGAAAACGUAAUGAGGAUGAAGAUUCACCGAACAAACUAUACAUGCUGGUUACCUAUGUACCAGUCACCACUUUCAAAAGUCUACGGACAGUCAAUGUAGAUGAAAACUAAACUGAUUUUCAACACAGUAAAGUUAUAAAAGUGAAAAAAAACUCAAAAAA